AUGGACUCCCCCCAAGUGAAGGCCUCUCUAAGUCUGCCUUCCGUGGCAGAUAGUGAUGAUCUCCAGUUAGCUUUGGAGACACAUGGUCUGGAGUUCACACCAAAUGGUCAACUAGUUCGCUGGUCUGCCUUCAACAAGAAGCAUCCACGGAAUUGGCCCCUGUCACGGAAGAUCUAUGAUAGCAGCUUGAUUAUUUUCUUGGACUUUUUCACGACUUCAAUAAGUACAGCUGGGAGUACUGCGGCUGACCAUGCCCAUCUUGAAUUUGGCACGGACCAUACGCUUUCGGUCUUCAUAUUCAUCUCGUUGUAUCUAAUUGGUCAAGCUAUUGGUGGAAUCAUCUUUCCAUCCUACUCAGAAGCAUUCGGUCGCAAACGGCUCUACAUCAUUAGCACAGCUCUCUAUAGCGUGUUUUGCGUCAUAGUGGGACUCUCACCCUCUUUGACAGGUGUGGCUAUUGGCCGUCUAUGUUCAGGUUUCUUAUCAGCGAUCCCAACCAUUGUUGUGGCUGGCAGUAUUGAAGAUAUGUUUAACUCAAAAGACCGAGUUUGGCUGAUAUUUCUAUGGGCUACGGUUGCAAACAUGGGCUUAGCUAUUGGUCCUAUAAUGAGCUCUUAUAUCACUGCGCGCCUGAGCUGGCACUGGGUGUUUCAUAUCGCUGCAAUAAUCACUGGAAUUACAACCAUUUUCAUAUUCGGUAUGCGCGAGUCUCGACCAUCUAUCCUGCUUGUCAGGCAGGUGGCUGAAAUUCGCAAAGAGUGCGGUGUCCCCAAUUUGCAAGCAUUGAACCCUGAUUACACUCCGGGUAUUCGUGCAUGGGCUCGUCUCGCCCUUUUCCGUCCUAUAAAGCUAUUUUUUACGGAACCGAUCGUUUUCAUGGUAGCAACUAUAAGCGCUGUGGCUUUCGGGUUGGUCUACAUGUUCACCGAGGCUCUACCUCUUGUGUACCAAUCUAUGGGAUUUUCCGAAACAUCAUCUUCCUUGCCAUUUGUGGCUAUUAUCAUCGGGCUUAUCUUAGGGAUUUUGACGAGGAUACAAGACCACCGUACGAUUUCAAAGUCCGUGAAUCAAGGCUUGCCGUUGGAGCCCGAGAAUAAACUCCUCGGUUUCUCUAUUGGGGCUCCAAUGCUUGCUGCUGGGCUUUGGUGGUUCGCUUGGACUAUUCCACCUCUUGUUACAAAUGUGCACUGGAUUGUAUCAACGGCUUCUUUGGUUUUAAUCGGAUACGCCGUGAAUGAAUUCGACUCUGUGUUAGCAGGCUAUCUUGCAGAUAGCUACUUGAGCUUUGCGGCAAGUGGCUUUGCGGCGCUGUCACUUGUUCGGUCCUUGGGCUCUGCGGCAUUUCCUUUGUUUGCAACACAGAUGUUUAAAGGUAUUGGUGCAAAUGUUGCAUCCUCAAUCUUGGCUGGUAUAGCUACAGCAUUUUGUAUUGUUCCGCCGCUGUUCAGUCGAUAUGGCAGAGCAAUUCGAGCGAGGAGUAAGUUUGCUUGCUACAGUCUACAGGUUUAUCAAGAAAAUGGUGUCGACAGGGAUGGAUAUUGA